AUGACUUCUAUUUUGCCACAAAGUUUCUUUAUUCUGACUUGCAUCGGGGUUUGGAGACCCGUUGAAUGGCAAGGCUGGAAGUGUGUCCUCUAUGAUGCCUACAGUUGGUUCGUGGUCAUCACCAAUUUCGCGUUUUCGCUGUCCCAGUUCUUGGACAUACUUCUGGUCCGCACUUCAAUAAACGAACUUACCAAUAACUUGACUAUGUUGCUGGUGAUGGUCACUGCUUGCGGAAAAAUAGUCGGGAUUCUGUUCAACCGCAAUGAAAUUUUGGAAAUUCUCAGAAGCUUGGAGGAAAAACCUUUCAAGCCUCGUGAUCAAUUCGAAGAAGAUAUUCGCAAGAAGUAUAUACACAUCAGCAGUUUUUUAACCCGUUCUUAUUCUGUCUAUUUGACAAUAGGAAUAUCAGGAAUUUUACUAACGCGAAUUCCAGAAGCUAAAUUACCUGAUGUGUUGCCUUUCAGCAGCUGGCUGCCUUACAAUUACUCAAAGCAAAAUGUUUACUUAAUUACCGCAGCUCAGCAGGUUUUUAAUUCUCUAAUUAGCACAUACGCACAAGUCGGUUUCGACACAUUGUUUCCUGGGUUGAUGAUGUAUGUAUCAGCACAAACUAAUAUCCUGCAAUAUCGCUACGACAAAGUCAUCAAAGCUCUUGAAAGAUUGAACGACUUUAAUCAUUCUGCAAAUCAAAAUAAAAAAAUUGCUGAAAGGAAUAUUAUUACUGAAUGGGUUGAGUGUCACAUUGCUGUUUUAAGUUUUGCAGAUUACGUUUACGAAAUAUUUUCAAAGCCUGUAUUUCUUCAAUACUGCUCGAGUUCAAUAAUGCUCUGUGGAACUGUUUAUUAUUUUUCAAGCAUUCCGAUGGACUAUGUUGAGUGUGUAAGCACAAUGGUUUUUAUUAUAGGCACAAUAUUGCAAAUUUUUAUGUGUUGUAUGUCGGCGCACCAAUUGACUCUUCAGUUUGAAAAUCUCAAUGAGGGGAUGUACAAUACGGAUUGGUUUAACUUGAGUGUAAAUGCAAGAAAAUCUAUGAUUAUUAUCGUGCUAAAAACAUUUCAGCCUGUAGUAUUCAUGUCUGGUUACAUUGUAACACUGUCUAUUGAAUCAUUCAAAAGUGUAAGCUUAUUUAUUUACAAAAAGUGUCAUGAAGUUAUCUUACUCUAUUUACAAUGUUCUUCAA